AUGGUGAACUCGAAUGAGUCUGAGCAUUCGAAGCGCACAAGUGCACAGGUAGCGCCUCUUACAAUACAAAAGGGUCGAUCGCGUGGGAAUAGCAACGCAUCUUCCAAAAAACACAAAAGAAAUACUUCAUCCAAGGGUGGUAGCCAAACAACUUCUACCGGAAAUCAAUCACAAAUCACACCUCCUGCAACUCCCAAUGCUUCUCAGGAGAACUUGAAUCAAAUGGAACCUCCUCCACCUGUGUUUCACAGUUUCCUAAGGGCCUUUUACCCUUUCCACCCGACAUAUGCUAUAUCGGAUUCGACCGUCACGCUUCCGUUAAAUGAAGGGGAUGUGGUUUUAGUACAUUCGAUACACACCAACGGUUGGGCAGAUGGCACAUUGCUUGUUUCCGGCGCGCGUGGUUGGUUGCCCACGAACUAUUGCGAGGCCUACGACCCAGAUUCCAUGAGGAACUUAUUGAAGGCAUUACUAAACUUUUGGGACCUUUUACGGAGUGGUUUAACUAGUGAUAGUGAAAUAUUUGGAAAUCAACAAUUUAUGCGAGGAAUUAUUGCUGGUGAAAAAUCAAACUGCCUCACUCGUGAAUCGCCAAUUGUACAGAGCAAUGAUAAUCUUCGAAAGAAUAGAAAGGCUCUCUUGUCGGACCUCUCAGCGCUGGUCAAGACAGCCAAACAACUACAGGACUUUGCUACUUCUCCUCCAGCGAAAACCGACGCGGAGAGCGUCAACGACAUUAUUGAUGAGAUGAUUUUAAAGGCUUUCAAAAUUGUUGUGAGGGGUAUAAAAUUCUUGGACAACUUGGAAGAGGAUGCGAAACUUCGACAGCCCCUCCAUAAAGUCAUGGCAACCGUUGCUGAGGAAUCAUAUGUUCCACCUACUCCACCAGCGGACUCGACGUCAUUUAGCGGGGCACCGCAUACAGACCCUGCAGACGACACGGCAUCCCACAGAAGCUCUAUACGAAGUUCGGCAAGCGGCGCUUCUAGUUCCCUGCCAUCGGAAGAGCAGAACAAACAACAGUCGCACAAACGGGUAUCAACUGCGUGCCCAGCUGUAACCUCGCGUCCAUUAUCUAUUUCUUCAACACAGGCUAAAAGGGCUUCCGUAUCUCACCGUGUUUCAUUUAUAGCCUCCGUACCCACUGAGCAACGUCAAAAUCUUGUUUCUGAGAGAUUAAACUGUGGUCAUGAUACCUUUCUCUCAUAUUUGGGAUCAUUCAUCGGACGGCUUCAUCUACAAAGCCAGUCUUCACUAGAUUUACUCUCAUCAGUGAGGCAGUCAGUAACCGCCGGUCAAGGUUUAUUGAUUGUAGUCGAAGCGGUAUGUGCUCACGACAGCCAAAGCGCCGACUUGUUGAACAAUGCUCGGAACGCAAUGUAUGACAAAAUCAGUAAAUUAGCGCUGGCAGCUCGGGAUAUAGUUAGUUCAUCAGGUGUCGAUGAAGACGAUGUUGUAAUGGCUCAACAGAAUGGAGGAUUACUAAUGGCGGCCACAGGAUGUGUCAAAGCUGCCGGAGAAGUUGUAGCAAAGACCAAAUUUGUGAUCGAGCGGAUUGGUGACUUCGAAUUUGAACAAGUGGAGGGCCUUGGAAUUAACGUUGCCUCGAUAGAUGUCGUACCUAAACAUACGAUACAAGAAGAUGAAGUUAUUGAAGAAACACCAGAGCAACAUUCCUCGCGCCCUCCUCCACCACCGCUAGUAAUCCCAAAUGUUUACGAGAAGCCAUUACCAGAAGUACCCCUCGAUUCUCCGCCAGCAACAGAAGUCAAACGAAUGUCCAAUCGACUUUCGAAUACUUCCAUUCUACCUCCGCUGCCCAAAAUGGGUGCUCCUCUAAUGAGCCAAGAGGAUUACAGUCCUUCGGAUCGUGCUUCAACAAGCGAUGGAGAAUUUCAAUCAUACAGAUCAGCUAGUAUCGCAGUGUCUAGCACAGGAACUAGUAGCAGCUAUAUGCGGGAUUCAGAGAUCAGCAUGAUUUCGCAGACUUCUACUCGGGCGACUACACCGGACCUCACAUCGCACAAACCAAGAAAUCAACCAUCCAUAUCAAGCAUCUGCAUGAGCGAAAGCCAAUCGACUUUUGCCGAUGAUCCAUAUGACCUCGAGUCAAAAAUGCUUGAGAAGACUUUCGCCCACGAGUUACUACAUAACAAAGAGGGUCAAAUCACAGGUGGUUCAAUUGCGGCAUUGGUAGAACGACUUACUACACACGAUUCAACUCCCGAUUCAAUGUUUGUUUCGACGUUCUACCUUACGUUCAGAUUAUUCGCGUCUCCCAUUGAGCUUGCCAAUGCUCUGGUUGAUCGUUUCGAAUAUGUUGGCGAGACUCCACAUAUCGCAGGACCCGUGAGGUUGAGAGUCUACAAUGUAUUUAAGGGCUGGUUGGAAUCGCAUUGGAGAAAGGUCUCCGACUAUGCUGCACUGUCAAUCAUCGAAACAUUUGCGAAUGAUAAACUCAAGGCGGCUCUUCCUGCCGCGGGCAAACGGCUUUACGACCUAGCGCAAAAAGUAUCUUCUAUAGAUGGAUCUUUAGUGCCUAGGCUCGUUUCUUCAAUUGGAAAGACCAGCACAUCUUUCGGUCAAUAUGUACCAGCAGAUGUACCGGUUCCUCCUGUUGUGGUAACCAAGAGCCAAGCUGCAGUUUUGAAGAACUGGAAAAUGGGUGGGAGCAAUCCUUCUAUCAUUGAAUUUGACCCACUUGAAUUAGCCCGUCAGUUGACCAUUAAGGAGAUGAAUAUCUUUUGUUCCAUCAUGCCAGACGAGCUUCUUGGAGCCACAUGGACUAAGGCCAGAAAAGGUGGUUCUAGCGCGGUAAACGUUAAAGCCAUGUCCACAUUGUCAACAGAUCUUUCUAAUCUCGUUGCGGAUACAAUCCUGCAAUACGAUGAUGUCAAAAAAAGAGCAGUCAUCAUCAAGCACUGGAUCAAGAUUGCGCACGAAUGCUUCAGGCUCAACAAUUAUGACUCGUUGAUGGCUAUUAUCUGUUCACUCAAUUCAUCUACUAUUGUCAGAUUGAAGAAGACUUGGGACCUGGUUCCUCAAAAACGAAAGGAUAUGCUCAAGGCUUUACAGACAGUUGUUGAGCCAGAGAAGAAUUACGCAGUUCUUCGACGCAGGCUUCAUGAUCAUGUACCUCCAUGCCUUCCAUUUGUAGGCACCUACCUCACAGAUCUGACAUUUGUUGAUGCUGGUAACCCAGCCACAAAGCAAUUGGCUGAUGGUACAUCGGUGAUCAACUUUGACAAGCAUACCCGCACAGCCAAAAUAAUUGGCGAGCUACAGCGUUUUCAAAUUCCUUACCGUCUGGCAGAAGUCCCAGAACUCCAAGAGUGGCUUCAGGCUCAAAUUGUUCGCGUCAAAUCGGCCUCGGAUCAUGAGAAUGUUCAGCAAUACUACCGCAAGUCGUUACUUUUGGAGCCUCGCGAUGUCUUGGUUACCAAGCCCAGUCCUGUGGACUCGGCAGUUUCCUUCACCUCUUCACAGGGAAAGGACAAAUUUGAUAUCUUUGGAUGGACUCACUCAUCAAAGGAUAAAACACAAACACCCAUUUAA